GGGCUCGCGGGCGGAGAGCGGCGACGGCAACGUUUAGGCCGCGGAGCCGCGGCUGCGAGUUGGCAUCCGAGUGGGAGAGGUGGGGGGCGGGUGGGGUGUGAAACACACACGCACACAGAGACAAGAGAGACAGAGAAAAAAUAAAACGGAUCCAGCCCCCGUUUGCGAAGCGGCAGUGUCCCCCCUUCCUCCUGCUCCCCUCCCUCAGCCCGCUCCCCCUCCCUCCCCUCUCCCCACCCCACCCCCCCCCCCCCCCCCCCCCCCACCCCCCCACCCUUGCCAACUAACGGGGGAGCCAUGAUGUGAGAGUGAAGAGGAGGUGGAAGAACGGACGGAGAGUGAAUCAGAACAGGUUUCUGCACUCAUUCCAGUACGAUUCUUUAACCAUGGGACAGAAAAAUGAGAGGUGCUCUCCCACACUAGAUCCUGUGUGGACAGUAAUGACAUCACGCUUCCGGUUGCCAGCUGGCAGGACUUACAAUGUACGAGCAUCUGAACUGGCUAGGGAUAGACAACACACAGAAGUGGUGUGCAACGUACUUCUGCUGGAUAAUACUGUUCAAGCUUUCAAAGUUAAUAAACACGAUCAGGGACAUGUUCUAUUGGAUUUAGUCUUCAGGCACCUUGAUCUAACAGAACGAGAUUACUUUGGUUUACAACUGGCAGAUGAUGCAACAGACAGCCCUGUUGUUUUCUUAAAUGUUUUGCAGCGAUGGUUAGAUCCAAACAAAUCUAUCAGAAAGCAGCUAAAAAGAGGAUCCCCACACAACUUGAAUUUUAGAGUCAAGUUUUUUGUAACUGAUCUCAAUAAGCUACAAGAAGAAUACACAAGGUACCAAUAUUUCCUGCAACUUAAACAAGAUAUCCUUAGUGGAAGGUUGCCGUGUCCAUACAACAUUGCAGCCCUUCUGGCCUCGUAUUCUGUUCAAUCGGAACUGGGAGACUACAACAAUUCAGAGCACUUGCCAGGUUACCUUGCCGAUUAUUCUUUUAUCUCCAACCAGCCUCAAGAUUUUGAAAAGGAGAUAGCAAAAUUGCAUCAGCAACAUAGAGGACUCUCUCCAGCAGAAUCUGAAUUUAAUUACUUAAACACAGCCCGUAGCUUAGAACUAUAUGGAGUUGAAUUGCACUAUGCAAGGGUAAGUUUAAAUCUGGAUCAAAGUAACACAGAAAUUAUGAUUGGUGUGCUGUCAAGUGGGAUUGUAAUUUACAAGAGCAGGGUACGAAUUAACUACUUCCCAUGGUUGAAGAUUGUAAAAAUAUCAUUUAAAUGCAAACAGUUCUUCAUUCAACUGAGAAGAGAAUUGCUUGACUCGAGAGAAACAUUACUAGGAUUUAAUAUGGGGAACUACCGAGCCUGUAAGAAUUUAUGGAAAUCCUGUGUGGAGCAUCAUACAUUCUUCCGACUAGAAAGACCAGUACCUCCACAGAAGAACUUUUUUGCACAUUAUUUUACAUUGGGGUCAAAGUUCCGAUACUGUGGGAGGACAGAAGUUCAGUCCGUGCAAUAUGGAAAAGAGAAAGCAAACAAAGACAGGGUAUUUGCCAGGUCACCCAGUAAACCGUUAACAAGGAAGAUGAUGAGUGGGCUGGACUGGGAAUCGGUCAGCAGAAACUCCCUGUCAGAAGACCGACUUGAAACGCAAAGUCUCCCUUCUCGUUCCCCACCUGGAACUCCAAAUCAUCGGAGCGCAACAUUCACUCAGGAAGGAAGUCGUUUGAGACCUUCAUCUGUAGGGCACUUGGUUGACCACGUAGUGCACGUUUCAUCAAGUGAAGUCUUUGCUAACCACAAAUCUCCUUCCUCCACACAAGCAAACAGUAUUAUUCUGGAAUCAUCUCCUUGUCAGGAAACGGCUGGAGAAGGGCAGCCACCUGCAUUGCCACCUAAACAAAAGAAAAAUACAACAGUCCUGUCUCAUCAGGCUAACAUUUGCCAGCAGGAACUGGGCACCCACUACAACGACUUCUUGGAUGUUCCACUUGCAUCUGAAAAAUCGACACCGAAUGGUACAGUUCCUCACGACAAUCUAGUUCUGAUAAGAUUGAAAGCAGAUGAGAAUGGGAGAUUUGGUUUCAAUGUUAAGGGAGGCAUUGAUCAGAAAAUGCCCGUAAUAGUAUCGCGAGUGGCACCUGGAACACCCGCUGACACUUGCGUCCCACGGCUCAAUGAGGGUGAUCAGGUUGUACUGAUCAAUGGUAGGGAUAUAUCCGAUUACACACAUGACCAGGUUGUCGCGUUCAUCAAAGCCAGCUGUGAGAUUCUCUCUGAAGAACUAUUACUACUAGUUCGGCCAAAUGCUGUUUAUGAUGUUGUGGAAGAGAAGGCAGAAAGUGAACCUGAUUUUCAGUAUAUUCCAGAGAAGUCUCCUUUGGAUGUAACCCACCAGGAUGAUGAUGCCUUAAGAGAGUCGAUGAUACAUUUACGGGAUGGUCUUGAGACUGGAACAAUUCUUGCGCAGUUUGAUCAACUGUAUAGAAAAAAGCCUGGUAUGACAAUGUUGUGUGCCAAGUUACCUCACAAUAUUUCCAAAAACAGAUACAGAGACAUCUCACCUUAUGAUGCAACACGGGUUAUUCUAAUGGGUACUGAUGACUACAUCAAUGCAAAUUAUAUAAAUAUGGAAAUCCCUUCUUCCAGUAUAAUAAAUCAGUACAUCGCUUGUCAGGGGCCCUUGCCCAAUACUUGUCCAGAUUUUUGGCAGAUGACUUGGGAACAAGGGUCCUCUCUGGUUGUGAUGCUAACCACUCAAGUAGAAAGAGGCAGAGUCAAGUGUCACCAGUAUUGGCCUGAACUUUCUAAAAAUGCAUCUUAUGGGAAUUUUGAAGUUGGUUGUCAUUUGGAAGAAGGAAACCCUGCAUAUGUCUUCAGAGAAUUGACUUUAACUAAUUUAGAGAGAAAUGAGAGCCGUCCACUCACACAGAUCCAAUAUGUUGCCUGGCCUGACCAUGGUGUUCCUGAUGAUUCAAGUGAUUUCCUGAAGUUUGUGUUGCUUGUUCGAGAAACACGAGUUGGCAAAGAUGAACCAGUUGUUGUACACUGCAGUGCUGGUAUAGGUCGAACUGGUGUUCUUAUGACUAUGGAGACAGCAAUGUGUCUAAUUGAGUGCAAUCAGCCAGUGUAUCCAUUGGACAUUGUUAGAACAAUGCGAGACCAGAGAGCCAUGAUGAUUCAAACACCAAGCCAAUACAAGUUUGUUUGUGAAGCUAUUAUGAGGGUUUACGAAGAAGGCAUUGUGAAACCAUUGCAGUCAACACUGUAUAAUUAACCCAAGGAUAAGACCUUGUUGUUGAAACUGGUUUGCUGGGAGCGUUUACUGUGUCAUUAUGUGCUUGCACAACAUGCUGCCCUGAUGCGAGUUUGAAGUUUGGAAGACCGGCAAACGGGCAUGGACAUUGAGAACCUAAGCACUGUUGCACUUUAUGUUCAAAAAGAAAUAAUAGUCUCUGCGUGUGAUCAUACUGACGACAAAUACCAUGAUCGCAGCUGCCCUCACUUCUGAAAUGCUGUGUCCACUGCUCUGGUUUUGUUCAGGGAGAUUGUCAGCUUUUGGAUUCCUCUAUAGUGCCAAGAGGGAGAACUACCUACACAACUCUUCCCUCACCUGCCUAUGAAUAUGUGUCCUCUUGCUUGCUGGUUUAACUGACAGAGCCUAUUCAAAUGGCCACUUUUUAAAAUAGACAUUUUCUGUUCAUGAAAUUGAAUUAACUAUCUUUAUCAGACCCUUUGCAGUGGCAUCCAUGAACAUGAAAGUGUGCACUGGUGUAGAAUUACCUUUUUUAAAUUAGCAACUGUUUUCAUGCUGCCUUGACUAACUUAACAAUAAAACUCUCAUCCCUAGGUUGUGUUCUGUAAUAUAGAAUAUAAUCAAAAAUAAGGUUUAGUGAGCACUUAUUAGUCAAAUUGGCCCAAAUUGUCUCACCUUCAGAUUUUGAUGUGCAGCUGUUUAACCUAUGAUGAACUUCGAGCAGUCACUCUGUACAUAUUCUCCUCUGUUUCCCUGAUCAAAAUAUCUUGCUCUUCCUGCACUCGAGUGCCAAUGUUUCUAAAUUCGUAUGGGUGUCAAGAACUUUGACAGCUUUAUCAGACCAGCAGUGAUCCGUGAGCUACACUAAGCAUUAGAACCUAAAAUGUAAAUAAUUAUAAGGAAAUUCAGCCUUAACCACCCUCUUCCUAUCAGGAUAUUAGAAUCCAAGUGCUGGUUGCUAGUUAGCUACAUUACUUAUUGGCUAGGACAAUCUACUCCAAAGACUUGAAUUCGCAUCCAUCCCAGGUAGCGAAGAUAUACCUGACUUUAAGGUACACCAAAUAUAUUCAGUGCCCCUUCUCCACAGGUCUGAUCCUGCAGUGAACCUUCCCCCAGAGAAAGGUGUGUGCCUGGAAUUUUUUUAAAGAAUUUGUUUCCUAGGCACUUCGUGAUGGGUGCACACCUAUCCUACCAGUCCUACGUAUAAGCUUGCCUUAUUGUGUGCCAUUUUAAUGUUACUUCUGUAAUCAGCACUAGUCCACCCAAAGAAAUGCACUGGGGAGUUGCUAUAAGGUGAUUUUUAUAGUAAGACACUAAAUCAAAGUACUGAACAGUACAAAGCACAAUAGAGUUGUAAAUUUAAUACUAAAUUAAUUAAUUUAUGAAAUGUUGAUGGAUGCUGCAGUUUUGAUGGUCGUUAUUCCAACAGUCACUUGCUCCCCUGACUCUGUAUAAGUAGACAUGGUCUUUCUCCCUCUCUCUCUCUCUCUCUCGCUCUCUCUCUUUUUUUCCCUCUCUCUUUAUCUCCUCUCUCCUCUCUCCCUCUCCCUCUCCCCUCUCUCCCUCUCCCUCUCCCUCUCC